ACCAACCCAUUUCAUCACCUUCUUUGUCUAGAUGCAUUUUCUCACACGAAGAAGGACAAGUUCAAAAGUCCAAGGACCUCACCAACCUCUAUUCUCCAUGCGGUGAUGAGCAACCCAUUCCCAAAGCAAGAAUAGACCGAGAAGUCAUCAUGUACAAAUCCUCUUGAGCCUUUCAAGACCCUGGAUCUUCCAUGUAAGACUGGUAAGUUACAACUACCCCUCCUGGGUUUGUGAGGGUGGGCAUCAUAGAUUGCCAUGACCUAAACAACAUCCAAACAAGAAACCAUUAUUUUAUCUGAAAUAGAAGUAGUUUUGUCGACCAUCACCCUUCAAUAAUGAGACUACUUAUGAAUCAUUAUCCUUUCUCCUCAUGCAGGAUUUGCAAUCCAAAUAUGAUCAUCCUUUUUCAUAACGUAAAUCCGCAAAACAUCAUAACUUGAUCAUAACUUGCUGCAAACUCCGAUUCUACUUCCUGCUAAAUUCGGCAUUAUGGGUGUCAAUUCUGAGCUGAUGCAAUGCAUGCAGGAGCCGUAGGUGAGGGUCAGAUCAGGUUGGCGCACUCACCCUUAUUGACUGCCAUAGCGAGUGGAGCACCAACAAUUGAAAUUUUUUCCCUCGUAUCAGAGGCAACGAUGCGAGUAGAUGGCCCCAUGGGCUGCUGACCCAACUGUCACCUACAACUGCUUGUAAAUGCUUAUAUAAACUCUUGCCAUGCACCAUCCUGCAAGCAAACAACAAGCACCUCAUCGGCAUCUCUCCUUCACAGUGAUGGCAUUUCUUAGUCAACCCUCAGAAUCUAAAGGCUGCGUCGUCCAUCCUCAUCCAAUCGUCGACUCGGCGUCCACCUACGUCUCCAAUCCUCACCACUGGGAGAAGGCUGCAGAGACCCUCAGCAGCACCUACUUCGAUGAAGUCCGCCGCAUGAUCACCCAAUUCUCUGACCUCACCUCCAUCUGCCUCCAGGGCACUACUUCCUUGACGGUUGCCCAGGUUGCUGCAAUCAGCCGCCGCUCCAGUGUUGCCGUUACACUUGACGCGGCCGCCGCCCGUGCUCGAGUUGACCGCAGCGCCGCAUGGGUCGCGGAGCACAGCAACAGCGCCGCCGGCUUCGGUGCCUCGUCCCACCGCGGCACCAACAAGACUGCAGACCUCCAGGCGGAGCUCAUCCGGUUCCUGAACGCUGGCGUCAUCGGCACCGACCCCUUCCCCUCGAGCUACACCAAGGCUGCGAUGCUUGUCCGGACCAACACCCUCAUGCAGGGCUACUCCGGCGUCCGGUGGGAGCUCCUCGAGGCCAUGACCAAACUCAUGAAUCACAACCUUAUCCCCAAGAUUCCUCUGCGGGGUUCCAUUUGCGAACUUCUUCCCUUAUCCUACAUCGCCGGCGUACUAAUCGGGCGGCACAAUGCACUGGUGACCACCCUGGAAGGCGAGGAGAUCACAUCCAUGGAAGCGCUAAAGCGAGUGGGGAUCGACCGGCCGUUCGAGCUCCAUUCCAGGGAGGGGAUCGCGCUCGUCAACGGCACCGCAUUGGGGUCAGCGGCGGCAGCGGCAGCGUGCUACGACGCCAAUAUUUUGGCCAUACUUUCGGUAAUCUUGUCAGCCAUGUUCUGCGAGGCAGUGCAAGGGAAGCCGGAAUUCGCCGACCCGCUGACCCACGAGCUGAAGCACCACCCGGGCCAGAUCGAGUCGGCGGCCAUCAUGAAGUACCUCCUGGACAACAGCGACUACAUUAAGGAGACCGAGCUCCGGCGCGAAAGAGAGGCACCGACAAAACCAAAACAAGACCGCUACGCUCUCCGGACGUCGCCGCAGUGGCUGGGGCCGCUGAUCGAAUUGAUUCGAAUGGCGACGCACUCGAUCGAGCGGGAGAUCAACUCGGUCGACGAUAACCCCUUGAUCGAUGUCUCCCGCGGCGUCUUCCUCCGGGGGGGCAACUUCCAGGGCACCCCCAUCGAUGUCUCCAUGGAUAGCCUCCGCAUGGCGCUGGCAGCGAUCGGGAAGCUCAUCUUCGCCCAGUUCUCUGAGCUCGUCUGCGACUAUUACAACAACGGGCUGCCGUCGAACCUAAGCGCCGGCGCGGACCCGAGUCUUGACUAUGGGCUCAAGGGGGCGGAGAUCGCGAUGGCUGCCUACUGUUCCGAGCUACAGUAUUUGGCUAAUCCCGUCACGACCCACGUCCAGAGCGCGGAGCAGAACAACCAGGAUGUCAACUCUUUGGGUCUGAUUGCAGCUAGAAAGAGUGCCGAAGCUGUUGAGGUACUGAGGCUGAUGAUGGCUACUUACAUGGUAGCUCUAUGCCAGGCCAUAGAUUUGAGGCAGUUGGAAGAGAAUCUAAGAGAAGUAGUGAGGCGGUCUGUGGUACAGGCUGCAAGGAAGGUACUGAAUCCGGCCGAGGAUGGAAGCUUAUCAAAGGCGAGGUCUUGGGAGAAGGAUUUGAUUCAAGUGGUGGAGAGGCUGCCGGUGUAUUGUUACAUUGAUGACCCGGGUAAUGCGAAGUAUGCUUUGAUGCAACAGCUAAGGGAAGUUUUAGUGGACAAGGCGUUAGAGGGGAAUGAGGAGGGGAGAGUGGUGUUUAAGAGGAUACCAGAGUUUCAAGAAGAGGCGAAGAAGAGAUUGAGGGAGGAGGUGGGAUGGGCGAGGGAGAGAUUUGGAAAGGGUGAUUUUGUCACUGGGAGUAGUAUAAACAAGUGCAGGACUUAUCCCGUGUAUAAGUUUGUGAGGGAGGAGGUGGGGACGGAGUUAUUAACAGGAGAGAAGAAGGUGAGCCCGGGGGAGUAUAUAGAGAAGGUGUAUGAGGCGACGAAGGAGAGGAGAGUCGGAGAAGUAGUCGUGGAAUGCAUCCAGGGUUGGAGUGGAUUUGCAUCACAGGAGAAGCUCCAGCAGUACUAGUUGAAGUAGUCGCCGAACACCGUUCAAUGGUGGUAUAUAUGUUGUCGCGUGGAGUACAUUUCAGUGUUAGUUUUUUUUUUUAGCAAGUAUUCGUGUUCAAUAAAUCCCUCGGGGCUUGUUUGGUUCGCGGAAAGCAUUUUUUCUUAUAGAAAUAUAAUUCCUGUGAAACAGAUUCCUAAGAAGAGAAUGCCUAGAAAAAUAGUUUUAGCAUGUUUAGUUAACCAUUGGAAAUUGACAAAUUUUUAAAGUGCUUAUA